UUGACAAUCUUGGGAGCAAAGCAAGAGAAAGAGAGGAUGGGGAAAAUGGAGCAUUAUGGUAUCACAGUAUUAGGGUCAAGCAGCAGUGAGGAAGAUCAAGAUGACCUGAAGAACUACGAAGAAUCUGUAGCAGCUAUGCGAAAGCGCCUAAACGAGCAGAGAAAAGACAUUCAGACAAGAAGAAGUGGUAUAAAAAGCCCGGUAUGCAUAUAUAGAGUUCCUCCCAGCCUCAAUGGAAUCAGUCCUACUCUAGAAACCAUUGAGCCUGAAAUGGUUUCCAUUGGACCUUACCACCGCGGCAAGGACGAGUUACUUGAAUUUGAAAGUUACAAAUUGCAGUUUCUUAAUUUGCUCCUUUCUCGAGAAACGAACGGAAGAAGGCAUGAUCCGCUGCCAGAAUACUAUAAAGCCAUGAAAAAGUUGGAGGAGAGCGCGAGAAGCUGCUAUUCUGAGUCGAUCCCCAUGUCAAGCCCUGACUUUGUUGAAAUGAUGGUGCUUGAUGGGUGCUUUAUCAUUGAGCUUUUUCAACGUAUGAGUGCGGAUGAAGAUGAUCACCCCAUCUUAACAAGGCCAUGGUUGAUUCCAAUUCUUACCAGAGACCUCCUCAAGCUUCAAAACCAACUCCCUUUCUUUGUCCUUGAAAAGCUUUUCGAGAUCUCCAACUUCAGAACUGAACAUUCUCUAACCUUGAUUGCGCUUGAGUUCUUCAACCAUACAUUGCCUAGGCCUAGCGAAGUCCUUAAGAGGACAAGCAAGCUUAGGGGGGCCAAGCACUUGCUUGACUUGUUUCACUUAAGCUUUCUUCCCCUUUCCUCAACUCCACAUGAUGAUCAUAACGCUGAUCAAAAUUACCGUCCAUCCUCGGAGUCAAUCCAAUGUACCACACAACUAAGACCCUCCGGGAUCAAGUUUAGGCCACGCAAAGCUGCCGAGAGCUUCUUAGAUAUUAAUUUCCGAAAUGGGGUACUCCAAAUCCCACCUAUAACCAUCAAUGACCUCACCAUUGCUGUCUUUAUCAAUUGCAUGGCCUUUGAACGGUGCCACCAAUACACAUCUCAGCUCUUCACCACUUAUAUUGCCUUCAUGAGCUGUCUCAUCAAUUCGACUAGGGACGUCACGCUCCUUUGUGCAGAUGGGAUAAUCACUGGCUUCUCGCAGAAUGAUCAGAACGUAGCUGAGCUGUUCACAAAGUUAGGGGAGAAAGUUGUGUUCAACAUUAGAAAAUGCUACCUCUCCACUCAAUUCAGAGAUGUGGAAGCCUAUUACAGCAGCCAUUGGGCUACCUUUAUGCGGACCUAUUUUAGCAAGCCAUGGUCGUUCAUCUCUGUUUUCUCUGCCUUCAUCCUUCUUGUCCUCACUGGGGCCCAAACUGCCAUGUCUAUCUUGAGCUACAUCAACAAAAGAUCAUGA